UGGCAGGCUAGACAGGCUCUGUUGGGUAUCUGGGUGGCUUGCUCCCUCACAACCUCUCUCUCUUGUUAAUACCCUCCCUGUGAAGCUGGUACUGUGUUCGUCUGUUAAUGUGUACCUACCUACGGACUUGCCUCCUGGAGUAAAUCCUAUGUGAAUUUCGACUCGAUUCUAAGGUGUAACGAAAGAGAAAUCGAAUUAGCAGCACCAACGUAAAAAGCCGCAACAAGAUGCAGAUCGAUUCAUAUUCAGACGGGAUGGGGAUUCCAAUGAAGAACCGGAAGGGGAAGGUGGAGAAGCCCCGACCUCUGAAGAUCUGCACAUUAGGGGACCAGUCCAUGGAAAGUGUUCUCUCAGAAAUGGACUCGGUGGCUCAGAGUCUUAACUCCACCACCUGUGACCGCACUGUUUACCCAGCCAUCGUAGCUCUCUGUGAGAACCUCAAGAUGUUUGGACCACAAUUGGAAAAUGUUUAUAAAGAUCAACUAGACAAGUGCUACAUAUCUCUCCGUAAUGGUUGCCGUGACGAUCGUUUGAGUCUAGCAGCUCGUUACCGACUCCUUGAGGUGAUAGAACUUCGAGCAAUGCACUGGCAACCCAAUGAGAACCUUAUCAACUAUUACAAACAAAAAUUAGUGCAGAUAGAGGCGGAGGAAGCAGCCCUCGAUGACCAGCAGCCUGACACACCUGGAACCAUCAUGACACCAACCAGCACUCCACAGAUGAUGAUCCCUGGCCUUCAGCAGUACCAGCAGACUAUGUACAACCAGCAGCACCAACAACAGCAGCAGAAUCCCGCACCUCACCCCCCAACACCCACACUGCUCGGACCAGGAGAGUUAAUCAGAAGUUCUGGAAAGUUCGCCAAGCCGACCAGGAUCCCUGGAAAGAACUAUUGCAAAGAUGAGGUGGUGAUUCGAAAUGCAGAUUCUGGCAAAGUUAUGGGGAUAAAGGGCAGGCGGGUUCACAUGAUUGAGGAGCUCUCUGAAACCAUCAUCUCAUUCCAGAGAGUGGCUCCUGGUGCUCGGGAACGCCUCGUACAGAUCACCGGUCCAGCUGAGGAAAACAUUAAUCAAGCUAGACAUCUCAUCGAGGAGACAAUCCGACGCAAUGCAUCUCCCGUGCGUGGCGACGAGAGGGGGUCUAUUUUCACAUCAUUCGGUGGGUCUUCCUCAUCCAUCUCGUCCCACACCUCUGAUGAAACGCUGCAAGGUUCACGGCGUACAGGUUCAAGUUCCAAGAGAAGCACCCUCGUGCACAGCCAGUCAAUGGGGGACGAUCCGAUAGGGGAGUACCGCUACACUGUCACCCACGGCUCCGACACUCUCAGGCUCACCGGGAACAACUUGCAUCUUGUCAGGACUGCCAAACUGGUGCUAGAUGAGUUCUUCAGUGGCGAGAAGAACUUGAACAACAUUGCUGUUAUUUGCACAGAUACAGGCAGUGAACCACUUGUGGACUCCCCAACUACAACGAGUGUUCAGGGCCGACAGCCAUCUCCUACUGUACAAACACCGACCACAGAGUUAGACCCCAUGGCAGACAGCCUUAAAGGGGGGGUUGUGACAGUUGUGCGUCAGCCUCUCUUCCCUUCAUCAUCAAAGGAGGCCAUUGAAACUGCCGAGUGUAGCAGUCGACCGGGAGACCUCAGCUCCAAGAACCGUAGAGCUCAGUUCCAGAAGACCUGCGAGGAUCGUGCCAAUGGGGAUGACUCGGGGCCCUCCACUCCUGGUACCACUUGUCCCACGCUCGAAGCUGUGUUGGACCCUGUUCCUGCUGUUCCCGCUCGCCGCUGCUACACUCGAGACUUCCUUGUGCAAUGUGCUGCUUCUCCCCUAAGCCGCCUCACCCCUGACAACUGGUCCCGAGUGAUGCAACAGUCACCUGUGGUGCUCAAGAAGAACUGGCAGUAUCUGGCCGGGGUGGUAGCGACACUGAAUGAAAAGGGUGAAGCUGCUGUGAAUGGUGUGCCGUCGUACCUCCAGGCCAGUGACCUUGAAGACGCAGCUGUGCUGGCCAAGAGAGAACUUCGAUGGACACUGAUCAGAACAAUGUCAACCACUGAAGAGGACGACAACGGAAAUAAUGCGACAUAGAUGGUUGUGAAGUUUUGUGUGAAUUAUACUCGUAGGUAAUAAGGUACUUUUUAAAUUGUUAUGUAGAGGUGAUUUUUGAUGACAAAAUUACUUUUCACAAUAGGUAUGUACUGUAUAUAUAAAUAUUUUCAUAUAUUUGAUAAAGGCAAUGUUCCUGCCUGCUUUCUAUCUCCCUCUCUCUCUCCUGAUAUUAUGACUUAUUAACUUUCUGUAUUGUUGUAUUAGAGAAGUCUUAUUUAUUUGGCUCACACCUUCUAACUGGUAUACUACUGUUGGCAGGUCAGAUUAUUUACAUUAUAAGAGGUGUAAUUUUCUGAUUUACAAAAGGGUUCCAUUCCUGAGAACCAUCCAUGACCACAACAUUGAUCAAAAGUCUCUUGUAUGAGUAUUGAUACACAUUGACGGCCAGGUUCAUCUUUUACUUUUGUCCAUGUUGUACUGUAGUUUCUGAAUCACUGUAGCUCUCCCUUGUAUUUUGUGAGAUGAAGAACUAGUAAUAAUGAGGGUUAUGUUGUUUCUCACACAAGUACUGGGAAUAAUAACCAUAGUCAAAGGGGAGUACUUCAUAGUGAGUACCCCAGCCUUAGCACCUUAUCGAGGGGGUAAAUUCUAAGUCCUAUCCCCUCAAGCAUGGUUAUCCUGACUUGACAUACAUUAAUCCUAAAUCAAAUGCUGCUGUAGAUUCCUCGGAACAAGUUUAUAUUGUCUUACUCUUAACCAAAAAAUCAUCUGGGUUUAUGGAAAGGUUGAAGAAUGAUUAUGUUCCCUAACAUUGCCAAACAGAAUUAAAAUAGACAAUCUAAAUUUUGAUAUAGCAUGAACAUAUAGAAAAAUAAUUUACAUAAUCAAAAAAAGUAAGAUAAUAAAAUUAGAGUAGAACAGACUUACUGAGGCUGAGGUCUUUGGGGGAUAUUGCAUCACUUAUGGGGAGACAGUUGCUGAAGGUCAUGAGGAGAAACAGUUCAAGUCACUUCAAAAAGAAAGUCAAUAUAAUAGAGACCACCAACCAUAAAGAACUAAGACUCAACACCACCAUGCAGGAGACUGAAGAUAAAUGUAUCGGUGAAUCUAAGGGUAAUUCAGUUUCUACCAGUGAACAGUCCCAUCAUUUGACAUCAGACUUACCAGUAGGAGCAGAGGAAACUUGCUAGAGGGUUUUGAGUCGCAUUUUAAUCAUCACAGCUACGUGUUAUGCAGUAAAGUGAUCCAAACUUUUGUAAUCAUAUAAUGUAGUUCAUAUUAUAUCAUACAUGCAUUAAUUAUGGAUAAGUGUGUGUCAUUAGGAUAAAAAAAAUUGAAUGAAACAAACGUGUGUUUAUGAUAUGUCUGUUUUAUGAGAACAGUCUUACAAUUGCAUAAAAAUAUUGUAGCUACUGUAUAAAGGGAUGGUAAGAUAUAUAAUAAUAAAUUACUGCAUAUUACUACAAUACAGUAUUGUAGUUUUUUGCCUUCCUAUAUAGCCAGCAACUCUUCCUUAAUCUACCAUAACUUCUAAAGCUACUGUUGUCAUCUCAUGGAUUUUUCAUUAUUGAUCUUUUAUUAUGUGCUGCAAACUUUUCUUAAUCUAUGUUUAGCUCGCCAACACAUAGUGAGGAUGAACUUGUGGAUUAUCCCUGGUAUUUUGUCAUCAUUGUCAGUGGCAACAGUAUUUAGUUUUAUGUCCGAAGGUGACUGUAAUGCAAGUUUUGUUGUCUUCUGGUAACAUUAGUUCUACCAUCCAGUGGGGUGUAUUUUUAAAGAGGAGAGCAGUGGUAAGUGUGGAGCUCUAGCCGGUAGUGUGUAGCAUGUAACAUGUACAGUUACACUCAGGUUUACAGGCUAUGCAUGUUAUAUGAAGCAGUCAUGACACACCCUAUAGCUGACCAUAGUGUGUACUGUAUAUUUGUUUGUGUAUCAGUGUUCUAUUAUUAUCCUACGUUAUUGGGGGUAAUGUAUUUAUGUAGCUGUAAGAUGAAUGAGUUGCAUGUUGGUUAAUCAAUCUUAACCGAGUCCAGAUAUUGAUAUUUACUUCACUUUGUUAAAUAAAAUGUGUAUUGCAUAAUUCAGUGCCUUGAGUAUUUUGUACACUUUGAUGAUGUAAUGUACUGUAAUGUACAUGUAUGCAAUCAAUUUAUUCUGUGUUUUAGCUUUAUAAAUGUUAGUCUGGCUAGAUUGAUAAAAAAUGUUUACAAUGUCUUAAAAAAAGAAAUAUGAUGCUACUUAUGAUUUAUAUAUUUUUUCCAAUGAGCAGUUCUUACAAAUGCAUCACCUUAGAAGAAGCAUAUAUGAAGUGUUCCAAUAAACUUCCUAUUUUCAGUCUUCUCACGUUAUGAUGGUGUUGAACGGUAACAAGAAUUUGUCUUCGAAGAUGGACAUGAUCACCAGAACCACAAUUGUCAUUCAAUUUGCCCGACUGCUCUAAAGAUUUGUAGACUUGCUAUAAUGGAGAUUUGUAUUAUGCUGUUGUAUGUUAUUAGCAGUGAGGAAUACUGUACACUGAAAUAACAUACAGAGAGAAGCACUGGAUUGUAUUGUGAAGUAAUCGAUGUAGAUGCUACUAAACUUGAAUAGCUGCUUACUGUAUUCGCUUUAACAUAAGAAAACUUCUUAUAAAUUCACAAAUCACUCACAAAAGUUUCAGUUUUAUUGCAUCUUUCUAGACAACUCCGAAAGUCCAGCAAUAAUCAGUGUUAAGACAAACCCAACUGUACAGAUUACCCCAUACAACACACUAUUUACAAUGCAUUUAAUUAAACAUUUUCACAGACUAAGAAGAAAUCUUAAAUUCUCUAUAAAGCAUUUUGUUCACCAUUAGAAAAUAUAUAAUGAUGUAGGUAAUUGUGUCAGUACUGUACUGUACUAUGUUUGUUAGUACUGUAUUAAGUAAUUUCUCUAUUCAGUACUGCAUAUUGUUUAAGAUGUCCAGAGCAAAAAGUGCAUAGCCGGUAAGUUAAGGACCUCUUGUCCCUCCUGUUAUUAAAAAAAUGCUCUUACAAAGAUUUUACCAAAUUUUUUAAGUAAAUGGUCUAAAGAGAAUUUGAAGAGGAUUAAGGGAUCCCUUACCUUACCAAGUGUAAUUAUUGUUAAACAGAUAGAACAAAGAAGUGUAGCAGCUCAUAGUGAUGAUAGGAGUAGAGAUAUGUAUGUAGAUCAACUAAGGUAAGUUAUUAAUGUUCCUAUUAUAAAAAAAAAAUGAAGAUUUUGGGCUGGCCCAUACAUCAGAUCAUUCGGCUAAUUUGGCCAUUUCAAAAUGAAGACCCUUGUUAAUAGUGUCAUUGUUUAGGUGCCACAAGUGCUGCAGUUUUUAUUAUUUGUUUAACUAUUUGUAAAGAUGUAUGUCAUAUGGAAAAUUUGGCUCACUGUAAAAACUCUAUACAGAUUACAAUGAGAUUUCAUGUUGAUAUUUACCUUGAUCUUUGAGUUGGCAUCACUUAUGUUCAUGGGUAAAUAUAUUUUUGUGUUGUGUAUAAUUCUUUGUCUAUACUGUACUGUAUAUUCAUCAACCAUGUUCUGUUCCAGCUAAAUGGGGUGGAACUGACACACACACUAAGUUUCAUCAGACAAAGUACACUGUAAAUUGUGUAGAGUAGAUAAGGUAAUGAAAUGCCAGGUAUCCAAUCAUCCUUUGCAAUACCUGUAUGUUAAAAAAAAAACAAAUUAUUGGCUGUUAGGAAGACAAAUGCAGGAAAAAAAUGUUCACCUUUACUAUUGUUUGUUUGUUUAUAUUAGUAACUUAUUAACCAAGUCCUUUCCGUACAGCCCCUUCACUUCCCAUCGCUCUUACGAUAUUUAUUCUAGGGUUUUGAUGAUAGAUUUCUUUACCAUUACAGUAUAUAUUAAAAAUGAGGAGCUUGACUGUUUCAGAUUUACAUAAUAUAUUUGAAUGUAUUAGUAGAGUGUAUUUGAUAAUAAGCAGCUUCAUUGUACUACAGUAUUUGCAAAUUUCUUACCAAAAUUUUACUUUUUUGGUGAAUUGUGAAGAUAUAGACUUUUAGUUGUAAGUUGAAUAUUGAAAGUGAGUUUAAGGCUCUGCUCACACAAGAGUUACAGCAGAAAGUCUUGUUUAUAAUGUAAUUUAGGAGAUCCUUUACAAAAUGCAUCCCUUUUUAUUUUCCGAGGACAAAAUUUUCUUCUGUAUUGGAACUUACGGAAAGGAAGCACGGUAGUAUUAAUGUUUGUUUUCCGUUUAUUACUUUAAAUGGAAUAUUUUAUUCUAGUCUCUUGUAGAGGAAGCUGUAUAUUUUUGUUAAACCUUUUUUUUCCAUCUGGGUUAUGUCUCAAAAUAUUAUCUAUGAAAGUUUACACUACCUUUCACUCUUUAUACUCAACUGAACGAAAUAAACGGCAGAAAUUAU